AUGAGUCAAGAACCGAAAGGUUUGCUGACAGCGCAAUUGCCCGCCACGUCCGCUACAACGACGGCACUGCUUUCUGAUAUUUCGAAUUUCUCGACGUCACUCAGCGCCUGCGGAUUAGGGAACGCCAAUGAACUUGAACCUGGCCGAACGCCAGUGCGACAGCCCUUACCGUCGUCCGACCGCGUGUACGAUGACCCGAACUCUUCAGCUGGGAUGUUUCAGGAGUCUCGUCAGAAGCAGCAGCUGCAGCGAAUUCAGGCGCAGCAAUCGUCUGGUGCCGGUGACCUUGGCGAUCUGGGCGAUUUGUCGCUUCUUCAGGCUACUCAAGACUGCUCAGACACAGGCUCAGGCCUGAGUGGGGGAACUCUGUGCAAUAUUUCAAAUGACGCCCGCACCUCCGUAUCCUCCAUAUCCAUGUCGGGCGCUGCUGGUGCUGCCGCUACCAAGGGACGAAACAAUCAAGUCAGUAGCGCCAAUUCCGGCUCUGGCACACACAAUGCACAGUCGAAACCGGCCGGGAAUUCGAAUGUGACUCUUGCUUCUGCUGUCGCGACUGUUCCGUCGUCUGCUCCGAAUGCAGCAGCCGCUGUCGCUGCGAAUCCCUCAGCAAAGGUCAGACCGUAUGUAUGCACAAUCUGUACUCGUGCUUUUGCCCGAUUGGAGCAUCUGAAAACGGCACACACGCUCACACACGAACGAAAAGCCCGUCAUCAACAAAAAAUUCAUCGAAAUCCUCGACCUCGGCGUCGUCGAAUGUCCACAACUGCUAUUCCCACUCGUCCCAGUGCCGAUUUGGAUCCAGAAGUGCCUCCAGUAUGCGUGGCACCUACGCCCUUACAGGCAAUGAAAUCCGCCUCGUAUUUUGCUCGAUCGAGACCAACGAACGUGGGUGACUUGUUGCCUGGCGCCGCUGCCGCGUCUGCUUCCAUGUCGAAUGUCCCCGCCAAUAUGCUUGCUCCGCCUUCGCAGCCUGGUGCUGCUGCAUACGAGCGUCGUGCUUCGCCAUGCUUUCCGGUGCUGGAAGAGUCGCAACUGGGUUUCCUCCCGUCCAACGGUGCCAAUGGAUUUAAUCGGCAACCGCAGCAGAACUCCGAGCCACAGGCAACGGAUCAGUUUCAGCAGUACCGGCCACAGUCCGUAUCACAACAGAACCCACAGAACCCAACGGCCUCUUUUGACGACUUCUCCUAUUUUUCCCUACCACCUAACGAAGCUUCUUCUAUCCCCCCUCAUCUUCAACAAUUUCAGCAGCAGCGUUUUGCCAAUCAACUAGGCGAUUCUUUGAGAGACGUGCCUUCGCCUUCAUUUAAUGGGGAUUAUAUGACCUCGUACGCAAAGCGUGUACAUCCAUCGGCAUAUAUGCCUUUCCGGCGUGCUUCUAUCGCCAAUGACAUGCAACCGCUGUCUAUGGUGCGUAGUUGUCCCGUGUUGCCCACGGACAACUUUGGCGUGGAACCACCGCUUUCACCGCAAUUUCCGUUUGCUUGGGACAUGUCACUCGACGGUUAUUAUCCGCCGGGUAUUCCUGAGGGACACGCCGUUGACUCUCCCGGUUUAGCAGCAACGGACUCGUUUUGGAACCAACUUUCUCCGCAUUCAAUUGCCCCUAACCAGCAGCCGCCGCCGUCGACUGCCCCGAAGGAACAGCAACAAGAAUCACCGUCAGCGAAAGAGCUCUCACUACAGCAACAGCAGCAGCAGCAACAACAACAACAAUCGUUACAACACAACCAACGACAACCCAUGUCGUCAUCUGUUGCUUCCCUGAGGGAUGAGGCUCUUCAACGCUCGGUGUCUCCUUCCUCUAGCCUUAUGCGACGGAGGAGUAAGGAAUUAUGUUUCCGUCUUGGUAGCGGUUAUCCUUCUUCGCAAUCUUCCAGCGUCCAACUGGAUCAAAUAGCCCAAUCGAAUAGAAGUACUGGCCCUUUUGAUCAACCUUUGCCUACGAUGUCGCCUAUGCAGUCGCAAGAGCAGCUACAAAUGGCAAACGAUUCUGCUCGUAUUGCCUCCAAUUUGUCAACAAGUCAGGCCCAGCAGCUGACGGAUCAAGAAUUCUCACAAUGGCUGCAUGAGCCCUUCCUUAACAACAGAGAUCAACAGGCCGACAACGUCGUUUCACCUCUCGAAAAAAUACGCGAGUCCGCGUCGGCGGAACCCGUUUCCAACUGGACGAUGCAAAGUAUUCAUUCGGAAGGUUCGGAUUUGUCACCAACUACUGCUGUACCUCUGAACUUGAUGUUCCCUAGCCAGGUGAACGAUGUGAUUAAUUCCCCAAAGAUGUUGUCUCCGAAACAAUUGCAGUCGCCGAAAUAUGUUGACUGGUUAGCUUCGACUAAUCUCACUAAUCCAACGCAGUCACUUGAUUUUGAAGACGAUGAGACGCUGGACCCUGGUUACAAUUGGCCAUUUCGCUAA